UACGAUUCUUCUUGUCCAUCUCAAUCGCCUCGCUGCGAGACCGCACCACCACCCACUCCCCUCCACCCGCCUUUCUGCUCCUCGAGAGCCUGGAGUUCGUCUGUUGUCACCACCGCCAACAUGUUCUCCGCCGGACUCAGGCACUUUUCCGGCCGUGGCGCCGUCCGCGCUGCGUCCCGCAACUUCUCCAGCACACCACGAGCAAACCGCAUAAUCACCAGCGCUCCGCUGCGAGCGAAGGAGGCCUCGGGCGCCAUUGGACACAAAUACCCGGUCAUUGACCACGAGUACGAUGCUCUCGUCGUCGGCGCUGGAGGCUCUGGUCUCCGUGCAGCCUUCGGUCUGGCAGAGGCUGGCUUCAACACCGCGUGUAUCUCGAAGCUGUUUCCUACACGAUCACACACUGUCGCCGCUCAAGGAGGUAUCAAUGCCGCGCUGGGCAACAUGCACGAGGAUGACUGGCGAUGGCAUAUGUACGACACUGUCAAGGGCUCCGACUGGCUCGGUGACCAAGACGCUAUCCAUUACAUGACCCGAGAGGCACCCGCGUCUGUGUACGAGCUCGAAAACUACGGAUGCCCCUUCUCGCGUACCGAUGAUGGCAAAAUUUACCAGCGAGCCUUCGGUGGACAGUCACGGGAGUUUGGCAAGGGUGGACAGGCGUACAGAUGCUGCGCUGCUGCCGACAGAACUGGACACGCUCUACUUCACACGCUUUAUGGUCAAUCUCUCCGACACAACACCAACUACUUCAUCGAAUUCUUCGCCAUCGACCUGAUCAUGGAGGACGGCGAAUGCAAGGGUGUCAUUGCCUACAACCAAGAGGACGGCACUCUCCAUCGUUUCCGUGCUCACAACACUGUCCUUGCCACCGGUGGUUACGGCCGUGCUUACUUCUCUUGCACUUCCGCACACACAUGUACUGGUGAUGGAAUGGCCAUGGUCGCUCGUGCCGGUCUUCCUAACCAGGAUCUGGAGUUUGUGCAAUUCCACCCCACUGGUAUCUACGGCGCUGGUUGCUUGAUCACCGAAGGCUCGCGUGGUGAGGGAGGCUACUUGCUCAACAGCGAGGGUGAACGUUUCAUGGAACGUUACGCUCCAACAGCAAAGGAUCUGGCAUCUCGCGAUGUCGUCAGCCGAAGUAUGACCAUGGAAAUCCGUGAAGGUCGCGGUGUUGGUCCUGAGAAGGACCACAUUUACCUGCAACUGUCUCACUUGCCUCCUGAGAUUCUCCACGAGCGUCUGCCAGGUAUCUCCGAGACCGCAUCCAUCUUCGCAGGUGUCGACGUUACCAAGCAGCCCAUCCCUGUGUUGCCAACCGUCCACUACAACAUGGGUGGUAUUCCCACCAAGUAUACCGGUGAGGUGAUCACAGUCGACGAGAAGGGUCAAGACAAGGUUGUGCCAGGUCUUUUCGCUUGCGGCGAGGCUGCCUGUGUAUCCGUCCACGGCGCCAACCGUCUCGGAGCCAACUCACUUCUUGAUCUGGUGGUCUUCGGCCGUGCUGUCAGCCACACAAUCCGAGAUAACUUCUCACCUGGCAAGCCACACAAGGAGAUUUCCAGCGAUGCCGGAGCUGAGGCUAUUUCCGUUGUUGACCAGAUCCGCACCGCUGAUGGACCAAAGAGCACCAACGAGAUCCGAAGCGAUAUGCAGAAGGUCAUGCAGUCCGAUGUUUCCGUCUUCAGAACACAAGAGUCACUUGACGAGGGUGUGAAGAGAAUCAACGAGGUCGACAAGCAAUUCCACCAAGUCGGUAUCAAGGACCGAAGCAUGAUCUGGAACAGCGACCUGGUCGAGACUCUCGAACUCCGAAAUCUCUUGACUUGUGCCGUGCAGACCGCCGAAGCUGCCGCAGUCCGCAAGGAAUCUCGUGGAGCUCACGCCCGUGAAGACUACCCAGACCGAGAUGACGAGAACUGGAUGAAGCACUCCCUGACAUGGCAGAAGAAACCUCAUGAGAAGGUUGACAUUGGUUACCGUGCAGUGCAAGCCAACACCCUUGACGAGAACGAGUGCAAGGCAGUUCCUCCAUUUGCUAGAAAGUAUUAGAAGCGUUCGUUGUUUGGCGAAGAUCUUCAGAUUAGUGAAGGUUAUUCAGACGACUUCACUUUUUUACAGCAGGCUGCGAGGUCGCUCAAGGCAGAUGUUGCUGACAGGAAACUGCAUGUAGUCUAGAAGUAGCGAAGGCGUUUGUAUAUAUAUACUAGCAUUCUGUUCGACUCGUGUUGUCUCUGCAAACACUUUGGCGUGCUGUGUCUGUGAUA